AGUUGUGGGAUCGGAGGGUGAGUCGUGCAAGGGUGCCAUGGGGUGAGUGUAGGUGGUGUACGCGAGAGACAUCGGCAACAGCCGCUGCUUAUGCUAGGAACAUUGUGAGGGAGAAUCCGGAGGAGAAGGCUUCGACGCAGAUUGGUGGCAGUCCAAUUGGAAGGCGGUGCUGACUUUCAACAGUCACCGCCUCAUGUCGAAAGUAUCCCCAGGCAACAGUCGCGCGACGAACGAGAAGUACGAAACUGAAGCUCACAACCCGGCAACGGCUAACACAACUCUGUCUCUCCACUUUAGUUCGCUGAAAGUCGUGAAGCUGGUUGGACGCAACGCGAUUAGUGGUCGUGUAUCAUCAGCAUUUGGAUCUUUUAAUGCAAUUUGUGAGAAUUUCCGUUUGCUCUCGGUUUCGCAAUACCAGGAACUCUAUUAAUAGAUUCGACUUUCGCGGUUGAGUUUCUGAAAAGGGCUGUGUUUUCAGUUUUUCCCAAAACGCCUCAAGAUCACGGACAAGGACUAAAUGUGAUUAAAUAAAAUUACUACUGAUCCCUUCGAAUAGUUAAUCGAUAUUUUUGUGUGUGACUAAAUCAUAUAAAUGCAAGAUAGUGCAUUUGCGCAAGUUUUAUGCUCAAUUUAAUCUGGGAAGCACAAAAUGCGAGAACAUUUGUGAUUUGUAUUCCCUUAUGUGCUUGUACUGUUCAGCAAGAAAAAUUACAAAAAAAAAACUCUCAAUGGGCUAAUGUGUACACGAGUUCCAUGUUGAAAUCUUAAAGGAUUCAGACAUUUUGUACUUUAAAUGUGUCAUUAGUAAAGCAGAAAAACAUUUUAAUUAAGAGAUUCCGACGAAAUUCAUGAUAAAAUCAUCAGGAAUGACAGUAACUCCGCUACGCACGGCUAUGACAAGCCCGACGGUUCCUCCGCAGCAGAAAUCCAGUUCACGUGUCAGUAACUUCAGUGUGGCAUCCCUUUUGGCGGACACAAGGCCCAAAAGUCCUUCUGACGUGGAGGUUGUAUCCGCCACGAAUUUAAGUAGUCGACCACCCGCCUCACCGCGCGAUACCCAAUCCCAGGAGACGAGUACGGUGGAUGAGCGCCUGGCUAAGAAUGAACGAAUUUACUCCCCCGCACACAGUUCGGCUGCUGACUCAGAUGUUGAGUAUGACUCCAAUCAGGAAGAUUCAAUUGUCGAUAUUGAAGAUGUGAACAACGAGACCAGUUCAACACCCGGUCUCGAGAAGUCCCAAUCACUGCUUCCGUCACCCACACUCACCGGACAUGUUCCCAUUAGGCCAACACCGUUCAGUGCAUUAGCGGCGGCUGCGGCCGCAUGGGGCGGCAUGGGGGGAGCAGUGCCUUGGCCAUCGGCCAGACAAAUACCACCAUUUGGGCCACCGGGUAUGUUUCCCGGGCAGGCUUUUGCAACAGGACCCGUCUCUGAUAACCAAGAACCGCCGCGUAUAAAGUGCAACCUUCGGAAGCAUAAACCCAAUAGGAAACCUCGGACGCCCUUCACCACCCAGCAACUUCUCUCGCUGGAAAAGAAAUUUAGGGAGAAGCAGUACUUGAGUAUCGCAGAGCGAGCUGAAUUCUCAUCAUCCCUCCGACUGACAGAAACCCAGGUUAAGAUUUGGUUUCAAAAUCGACGCGCCAAGGCGAAAAGACUCCAAGAGGCUGAACUUGAGAAGAUCAAAAUGGCAGCACUGGGGCGAGGGGCUCCCGGAGCUCAGCUGUACAUGGGCUACUUCCAUCCGAGUCUCAUGGGCGGCGCGAUGCAUCUAGGGUAAUUGCGGUUGAAGAGACAUCCGAACAUUGGACCUCAUGUCUCGUUUAUUUGACAGAAAUUAUAUAUUAUAUAUUGCACUCUCUAUGAGGGGGAAAAUAGGGAAAACAAACUCGACGUGUGUGAAUUAGAGGAACCAAACUAAUUAAAAGGGCGUAAAAUUGAUUCAGGGUUCAGCAAACAUUUUUUAAAUGAUUUGUUUUAUUGAAAAGUUUUAUUGAAUCCCCAGAAUAAAUGUUAAAAUGACUCAAACCUCGUUAACAUUUAAUACGAUAAAAUUGUUAGAACUGACCUUAGAAAAUGACUGAAAACAACGUAAAUCCCAUAACUAAUGACUUUAUUUAGGAUUUUAUUUCAAUACAAAAACAAAACUAAUAAACUGACUAAAGAAACGACUUUAGUUACAGAGACAUUAAACCGAAACAUACUUAGAACCGUCAUCUGGCCUCUAUCGAAGCAUAACGGAAAGCUCGCGAGAAAAUAAUAAAAUACAAACUAAUUUAUUUUAUUCAUUCAAAAACAAUCUGGUAGCCAAGUACCUACAUAAUAUAUUACAAUGUUCCAUAAUUAAUUGUGAUUUAAUUUAUUUUUCACAAUUGUUGCAAUGUUCAUAAUAAAUUUAUGAAAAUCAUGUUUCCGCCAUCAUCAGCAUAAUUGUAUUGAAGUAUUAUGUGAGAAAAAAAAAUAAGAAGAUUGUCUGGGAGUAUGGGGGACAGAGACGGGGAAUAUGGAGAAGUAAAUUGUGAAAAAUUAAAGAAUUUCUGCACAAUGUUUAAAAUGAAAUAAUGUGGAAUCACGCUACUACAAAACGGUUAGCCUCCAUGCAUUAUGCACGUCCAGUUUGUUUACCACAUUUCACAGAAAGAACCUUAUCAGUGACAUAAAUUGCAGUGGAAAAGGAGAAGAAAAAAAAAGAAGUAAUUAUGUAUUUAUAAAUGAAUUACAUAUAGUGAAAAAUUAUUUAAAUGAUCACUGUAUUAUAAAACACAAUUGAUGUAAUUUGUAAAUAGCGUUUAGCUUUUGUAUAACAACAAUUAAUUGUAGUGAUGAAUUGAUGAGAGAAAUAUUUAUAAGACGAAGGUUAAUUCUUUUCUUUUUGCAUAUUUCCAUUUGACGUGAAUAAAAAAAAUGAUCUAUAUUUUGAAUUCCAUUAACUUUUAGAUGAGAAGAAUUUUUUUUUUGAAAGACUCUGUAAAUAGGAAUUUGAAUGAAUUAUAGUUAUGUAGAACUUGAACAAAGAUGUAAAUAUAGUGAGGAAUAUGUAUUUGAUAGGAUAUAAAUUACCCUACAAAUGCAAUGAUUUACUAUGAAUGACACAUAAAAUUAUGUGACAGGAGUAAUGAGUUUUAGAGGUUACACUUUAAGAUGGAACAAUAUACAUAAAUGUGUAAUAAUUAGAAAAUAUUCUGUGUUGUUGAGAAUAAAAAGGGAAAAAACAGAUUCUAUCAUCCAGUAUGUUGUAAGACUAUAUAUUUAAAAAAGAAAAGAAGAAGACAAAAAGAAGCAAAUUGAGUACACACAUCAGAAGAAAAACCCAUACCUAUUGCAAUAGAGCGAAGAUGGUCAUAAUUUAAAAAUUCAUUUGCAACACAUGCUGAAUUCUUCAUGUACACACAGCUCAAUAAAAUAUGCAAGAGAAUGUACAUUGGUGACGUAAAAAAGGGGGCAAAAGUAAACUUUCUGAAUUGUAUAGGUUGAAAAAAUGCAAAUAUCGAAAUGUAAUAUGCGAAAGGAAAACAGAUGAUUGAAAGACAUUAGAUAAAAGUCAUACAAUAAAAUUCAAUGAUCGAAUUAA